AUGAAGAUGCCUCAGCAUUGCCAGCAUGCAAACACAGAUAGGAAGAGCUUAAAACCUCAGGUCGAAAGACGACGACGAGAAAGAAUAAACAGAAGCUUGGAGAACCUCAAAACUCUUUUGCUUACACCUCAAGGAGCUAGCGGGCGCAGGUUGGAGAAAGCAGAGAUCUUGGAGCACACGGUCGUCUUCCUGCAGCAACACGCCAACAAAGUCCGCGAGAAGCAGGUGCUGCCCUCCUACCAACAUGGCUUCUCCUCCUGCCUCCAGAGAGCUGUCCACUUUCUGCAAACUGAGGGCAAAGGCCUCUCUGACUCCCCUUCCUCCUCAUCCACCGCUUCUUCUUCUUCGCCAUCUUCUUCGUGGCCCUCCGGCUCCCCUCCAGCUCUUGGGGCCCCAUCCAGCAGCGUCCUUCGCAACACGACGCCCCAAAAGAGGCCGAGCACGGCGGGGAGCUUGUGGAGACCCUUUUCCUGA